CGUUGGAUAACAAAGAUGGCGGCGGGAAGCAGCAACUACUGGGAAGAUCUCAGGAAGCAGGCGAGGCAGCUGGAGAACGAGCUGGACCUGAAGCUGGUUUCCUUCAGCAAACUCUGCACCAGCUACAGCAGCACCCGAGACGGAAGGCGCGACAGGUAUAGCUCUGACACAACUCCUCUCUUAAAUGGAUCGAGCCAGGACAGAAUGUUUGAGACCAUGGCUGUGGAGAUUGAACAACUUCUGGGAAAGCUUACUGGAAUAAAUGAUAAAAUGGCAGAAUACACAAAUAGCGCAGGAGUCCCGUCCCUGAACGCUGCACUGAUGCACACGUUACAGCGUCACAGAGACAUACUGCAGGAUUACACGCACGAAUUCCACAAAACCAAAGCAAACUUCUUGGCAAUACGAGAAAGGGAGAAUCUGUUGGGAUCAGUACGAAAAGAUAUCGAAUCAUAUAAAAGUGGGUCUGGAGUGAAUAACAGAAGAACAGAACUAUUCCUGAAGGAACACGAGCACCUUCGAAACUCAGAUCGACUGAUAGAAGAAACAAUAAGCAUUGCCAUGGCAACUAAAGAAAAUAUGACUUCGCAGAGAGGGAUGCUGAAGUCAAUACAAAGCAAGAUGAAUACCUUGGCUAAUCGGUUUCCAGCAGUGAACAGCCUGAUCCAAAGGAUCAACCUUCGGAAACGACGAGAUUCCCUCAUUUUGGGUGGCAUUGUUGGCAUCUGUACCAUCUUACUGCUGCUAUAUGCUUUUCAUUGAUGGAUGUUUCCCCCCCUCCUUGGACUCUGCUAAACUCAUCACCACCAUCCCUCUCCCCCCAGUCAAGGAAAAAUUGAGUGGGGGAAGCACCAGACUUCACACAGCCCCUUCGACACGGCCGGCCACGUCAGCACGAUGGCUAGAGCUUAUGAUGGUAGACUGCCACACUGGUUUGGGGUUGAAGCUGCAGUGUUUCUCCUUCCCUGCCGUACAUCUUCCUUUGGUUAAAUUUGGUGGGAUUUGUUUGUCUUUAAUUCCCUUUUCUCACUGCAAGGUAAGUCAAUAUGGGAUGCUUACCAGAACCUGGAGAACAGUUUCUGUGCUCAGCAGUGGUCUGGUGUUGGAAAAAAGAUUGGGAAAAAGCUUGCCUUGGGUGGAAACUCAGCAGGAAACCAGUUUCCCCUGAGGGCCAAGUACUGAACACUUUUGCCCUCUGAGAAGAAUAUUGCAGCUUUAAGCCGUCGGGUUGCUUUACUACUAAAUACAUGUUCUGUAAUUCUUUUUAACUCAUGGUUGAGAUACUAGUUAUUUCUGCAUAAUUUGUGCUGUGAAAACUGUGCUUCACACAAAUUCCUCAAAGGAGGAAGAAAAAAAAAAAAAGGGUUGUUCAGUUCACUUUUUGCACAGAAUAUGAAUAAAAUACCCUCUGAGGAAAUUUAUAAGGUUUCUUGUGGCUUUAAAGGGACAAACAAGUCCCCCUUUGUAACAAGGGAGCACAGAGUCCUAACAGCUGUUUACUACAUAGUGUUCAGUCAUCUGAAAAGUGACCAAACCUGAGUUCACCUAAAAGUAGUCUUUUGGGUGUAAAUACUUUGAUUUUGGCUGGCGUCAUAAAGGUCUUUAUCAAGACCUCAAGGAUAAGCAGUUUGAAAAGUCUAUAUUGUAAUUUAGAUAAAGUUAUUCUAAUAGCAUUAAUAUUUUUACACUGUAAGUAGGAUAUAAUCUAAACUGUCAAUUGGAAAAGAAGAUUAUGAUGGUUAUACCUGAGGCAAAUGUAUCUGCGUGCAAAAGUUCUGGACAUAACUCCUCAUAGUAAAGAGUUGAAUGUAUGAAUAGUGAAACAAGUAUUAAUUACCAUUAUCUAGGGGGGGAACUUUUUUUUUUGUCCAGACAUGCAACAUGAAUCCUGUUGUGUUUGCGUCCCUAAACAAAGCUGACGUCAGGAAUGGCUCUGAUAUUGCAGAUUGACAAAUUAGGGAUUUUUCUGCUCUUUCAACAGUUCUUUUCCAUCUUUCAUAUCAUAACCCAAUAAAUUCAAGCUGAGGCACUGAAAUACCUUUCUAAGAACUUGAUUAACUCUUUUCACAAUCAAUUUACAGUGCUUCUAACAGAUUUCAUGUAUGCCAUUAGCCGUAAGUGUCAGGUAGUCUCCAGGUUCUCCUCUGGAACAGAGUCUGGUGGGAUGGACACAAUUUUUUUUACUGUUUUUUUAUAGUGUCUGUGAAGUACCUGUCAGAGGGAGUAGAGACUUGUGCCUGUGUAGUGUGCAAACCCACACUGUUGCACCUAAAAUGUUUGUAUGGAUUUGAAGGCUUAUUUGCAGACUAAUAACUUUGUGCUAAAAAGUCAACAAAGGCUUCUAAUCAGUCAUCUUCUUGUUGGGAUUAGAAAGGAUUCGGAAUUAAUAUGUGUAAGACUGUGGGGAUUGUAUUUUAAAUAAAAGGCGAUUAUUUGGUUGAUUUGGGAAUGUUCCUGGUUUGAAAUGAAAUGUUUAUUAAAGGGGUUUAUAAAAAACCUUGAUGGAUAAAGGAGGUUUAUUAAUGAAUCUGUGUGUUGGGAGAUCAAACUUCUUCUUGAUGCUUUUUCUCUGAUUCCACCACCCCCUGAGGGACCCUGAUCAACAGUCGUGCUUCUGUUUAGGAUUUGUAGGAUUUGGUUGCUAUAUAGCUGGCAAUAUGAGAUCUGCAGUACCGUAAAUAAAUUCACUUAUUUAAUCUUAUAACCAGUCUUUUUACUGGACUUAAUUGAUUAUUUGGUGCAUAUAUUUAAUCUUAUUGUGUGAAAAAGCUGCUAUGGAAAAUAUGUAGAUUAUAAUAAAUAUGUAAACAUAAUUGAUUUUUCAUGUUAUGAAAAUGUUACGGAGGAACCCGAUAUAUUUUAGUAUAAAAUAACAGAAAUGCGCUGAAUUAUCUCUGAUAAAGCUUUACUGGAAAUGGUUUCAGUGUUGGCAACCCCGCCGUGGUUUUUAUUCCUGUUGGUUUUGAGACAGAGUUUUGUGUUGAAAAAUACAUUUAAUUAACCUUGUAGUUUCCCCUUCAUCAUCUUCUUGUAGUCCCCCAGCAGUGUGAGCGGGCGUUCUGCACUGCUCUCUGAAGUGGUUUCCUUGCAUAGAGCCAGGGGGGAAAGGAUUUGCUAAUUCUCCUGAACGACUCUAAUAACACGGACCUGUAUUGAGGGCAGUGGACUGUAAAUGAGAACAGUGGAUUGUGCAGUAUUUAAUGUCAACCCCUAAAAUAGAGGGGUUGUACGUCUCUUGUUGCUAAAUAUUUCUCGAAGCUUUUCAUUGUGUGGUUCCUCUUGCUCUAAGGAAAAAAACGUGGUUAAAGAAGUCUCAUUUCUGCAAUUCCUGGCAAAGUUGCCGUUUCGUAACUCAACCCAAUAGAAUUGUGCUAAGAAAGUUAUUGUUAAGCCAUACAAAUGAAGCAAGUAAAUCCAUAGUAUUUCUACAGGGCACGUUUCUCUCACACAUUUUUUUAAUUGCUGCUUUAUUCUUGCCAGUACACAGGCACCUACUUUAAAUCUGUCCAACGACCCCUUAGGUUGGCAUUGGAACAUAAGGGUUUAUUGAUAACACUCGAUGCCAUGUUUCACGUAGACGUGGAUAUUUUUAUCCUUGCUUUUUUGACUAUUUUUUUAACGUGUUUAUCUGAUCUUCAAGAGCUGGCUGCUAGAGCAGAGGAAUGGCAUUUGGGCAACACCCAGUGUUGUGUGGUCAGUCAGAAGGGAGAGUUAGUGUGGCCGUAGCUGAUCCCCAGCCCUGCACGGGGACGUGCUGAGCAGGGCUUUGCUGCCCUCUCCGACCCUGCACCAGGCAGCCUGGUGCUUCUGGCCAUAGGAGAGUUUGCCCUUCCUGGGAAGGCACAACACUUUUUUCUUCUUUUUUUAAUUAACCGAUAUUAGUUUCAGGAGUUUUUGGCUAUUGAAGUGAGGUAUAAAUUCCUGCUGGCUUCGUUACACUUGAAUAAUCAACUAGAAUUUUCAAUUUGUAGUUUUAGAAGGUCCUUUCUUUUAGACAGUCUAAAGAUUACCAUGAGAAGAAAGAGUCAGUUCCUCACUGGAUGUUGAAAACGAAAGAGCAAAAGUAGAUUUUUAGGUGAUGUGAAAGUUGCACGUAAAUUUAAUGAGAGGUUGUGCUCUGGAGCUGUGUUCCUGAAGCUCCCCCAAAACCACUGCACAGGAGCAAAGUCUGACCCACCACUUCUGAUUGUGUAACUCAUUUAGUCAGCACUGUUUUAACUCCCUUAACCUGGCAGCUUGUUUCCCAAGAUCAUUUGAUGCAUAACCUUCUAUUUUUACCUUUUUUUUCCCCCAAAGUUUUCAUUUGAAAUGGGAAGGAGAGGUAACAGCUGUAGCACUUCUGAAAGAGGAAAUAAUUCCAAAACUCCUUAAAACAGUGUCAGGUUAUGAAAUCCUUCAGAGAGUGGUCCCGCUGAGCCGUGUGCGGUGCAGGAGGCUGCGGUGGCAGAUGUACUGAGACAAAACUGAGCCAUAUUCUAGGUGACAUCCACAGGUCCUCUUGGUGCCCUGUAGCCUGUGUCCUGUCAACUGGAUAUUGAAACCAGGGGUGAUGUUUCAGUUCUGAAUACAUAAGCGGCUGUUGGUCUGUCUACUACUGAGGAAAGCAGUUGAAAUAAACACUCAAGACAAAAAAUAAAGCCCUUUCUCACAAAGUGUCCCACUCCAGAUCCUUGUGAGUGAGUUUCUGAUUGCACUUUCUGAUUUUUUUUUUGCUUUUCAUACAGCUUCUUGAAACUUAUUUUAUUGUAACUGUAAUUAUUUUUGUUCUCACCUAUUGUGCAUUCUCUGUAUGUAUUAAAAAAAAAGCUUUGAUAUGUAAUUUAAUAAUAAAUUAGAAUUCUAA